AUGACAGAACAGGAACAACCAACCAGAGUCAAUAUCUAAGGAAUCAAGAUGGUGCCAUGGACCAGUCCACUGCUGUGCGCGCUGCUGCUGGCUGUGUUGUGCCACAGCGAUCCCACUCGCUUCCCAGAGGAUUUGCAACCUUUGCCACCCAAAGGGGAUUGCAUCAACUGGAUGGGGGGUGCUCCAGGACACCCUGGCUACAAUGGGGCUCCAGGCCGGGAUGGGAGAGAUGGCAUCAAUGGUGAGAAGGGUGAGAAAGGAGAUACAGGUGUGCUGGGUCCCAAGGGUGAUGCUGGUGAAAUAGGGGUUCCAGGAGUUGAAGGUCCCAGGGGAUUUCCCGGACUUCCAGGGAAGAAAGGGGAACCAGGAGAGCCAGCCUUCAGGUACCGCUCAGCCUUCAGCGUCGGGCUGGCCACCCGAACCCCCGUCCCCAACGUCCCCAUCCUCUUCACCAAGAUUUUCUACAAUGAACAGAACCACUACGAUGUGACGACGGGCAAGUUCCGCUGUAAUUUUCCAGGCUUGUACUACUUCUCCUACCACCUCACAGUAUAUUUGAAGGACGUGAAGGUCAGCCUCUUCAAGAAGGACAAGGCCGUCAUGUUCACCUAUGACCAAUUCAAGGAACAAAAUGUCGACCAGGCCUCGGGCUCCAUACUCUUGCACCUGCAGGCUGGGGAGGAAGUCUGGCUCCAGGUGUAUGGAGAUGGAGAGCAUAAUGGGCUCUAUGCCGAUAAUGUUAACGAUUCUGUUUUCACUGGCUUCCUUCUCUACCAUGAUGCUGAUCAAUCUUGAUUGACCAGAGAGACCACCAAAAGAAUCCACUCAAGAGCCUAUCUUAAGACAAUCUAAACUUUCACAGUUUUGAUCUCCAUUAUACAGGAGUUUGGUUUUAUUUUCUAACUGGAGAUAAUAAACAUUAUUUAAACAGG